GGCACAUGGAAGGAGCUGCAGGGGCAGCAGUAGUAGCUGCUGUAGGAACAGAAUGCUGCCUUCUGUAAUUAAAUAGCAAUUAUUGGUAUUAUUACUAACAGUAAUAAUGCUCUAAUAAUAUCCCUAAUAAUAUUAUACCAUUUAUCAAGGCGAGGUGAUCAUAGUGUAAGGGAAUAUUCAAGCAGAGAAGUGAUUGUGAUGGAGAGACAAAAAAGAAAAGAGGAGAUAGAGAAGGGACUUCAGUUCAUACAGUCCACAUUACCACUGAGCCAAGAAGAUUAUGAGGCCUUUUUGCAAAAGCUGGUGCAAAACUUAUUCGCAGAGGGCAAUGAUUUGUUCAGAGAGAAGGAUUUCAAACUGGCACUGGUGCAGUAUGUAGAAGGACUGAAUGUGGCUGAGUAUGCAGCGUCUGAUGAAGUGACCAUUCCAUUGGAUCUUUUAUGCAAGCUGCAUGUCAAUCGAGCUGCCUGCUACUUUGCCAUGGGCUUGUAUGAGAAGGCUUUGGAAGACAGUGAGAAGGCUCUGGGGUUCGACAGUGAGAACAUCCGUGCACUCUUCCGGAAAGCCCGCUGCCUGAAUGAGCUAGGAAGGCACAAGGAAGCAUAUGAAUGUAACAGCCGCUGCUUGCUUUCCCUCCCGCACGAUGAAAGUGUGGCUCAGCUUGGCCAGGAGCUUGCACAGAAGCUGGGAUUAAGGGUUCGGAAAGCAUAUAAGAGGCCUCAGCAGGAAUUGGAAACAUUUUCUCUACUCAGCAAUGGCCUUUCAUCCACCUUACAAAAUCAGACUGUUUCCAAUGCAUUGGGCUCUGUAGAUGACAUUGAGACAGACAGCUCUGUGGGCCUCCAGUGCAUCACUGCUCCCAGUGUGGCCUCUGCUGCUGUGAGUGAGGGCCCUGCCUUUGCAUCAUCUGACUUGGAUACAAAAGGUGCGCCAACGUCACUCCCUGCCACCACCCUGCUCCCUUCUACAGAUGCUGCGUCCAUGCCAGGCUCUGAGUGUGUGGAUGAUUUCACUGAAGGAGGAGUUCUGGGGGAUGAACUGGACUCCAUCUUAGAUUCUAUCACAGAUGGGUCACAGUAUGCAUUGUCUCUGGUGCAAGGUGCCAUCCCUGCCAGUCUGCCUAGUGAGAUGCCGCAGCUGAUCCCUGUGUUUCCAGGUGGCACUCCACUGCUCCCUCCUGUGGUGACAGCCAACAUUCCAGUCUCCACACCACUCCCACCUGCCUCAUUUGGCCUGGUGAUGGAUGCCACAAAGCAACUCUCCUCCACAUCUGUUUUGGAUGCCUUUGAAUCACCUGUGGGUGGCAGUGGCAGCUCCCCUUUGGACUCAUUGGAUUCACUAGACCUUCUUCCAUAUACAGAAUCCCGUCUUGAUGUGCUAGAUGCUUUUGGAACUAGUAGGGGAUCACUGGAUGCACUGGAUUCUUUUGCCUCAGAAGAAACCAGCACACAAGAACCACGACAACCUGCUGGAAUCCAGAAGCCACCACCAAUGGCAAACCAUACUGGGCCAAGUCACACAAUUCCCAAAGUGGUGGAAUUGCUGAUGCCUCAGCCAGAGUCAGGGAUGCCCAACACAGCACUGCUUGUGAAGAAUCCACUAGCAUCUACUCACAUCUUCAAACAAGCCUGUCACAUCUGCUAUCCCAAAACAGGGCCAAAGGCUGGGGAUUAUACCUAUCGAGAAGGUCUGGACCACAAGUGCAAAAGGGAUAUACUGCUAGGUAGACGCCGUAACUCUGAAGAUAAGACCUGGAAGAGAAUCCGGCCACGCCCAACCAAGACCAAUUUUGUGGGAUCUUACUAUCUGUGCAAAGAUAUGCUUAACAAGCAGGACUGUAAGUACGGGGAUAACUGCACCUUCGCGUACCACCAGGAGGAGAUCGACGUGUGGACAGAGGAACGGAAAGGAACCCUCAAUCGAGACCUCCUCUUUGAUCCCCUGGGUGGGGUCAAGCGGGGCAGCCUCACCAUUUCCAAGAUCUUGAAAGAACACCAAGGGAUAUUUACUUUUCUUUGUGAGAUCUGCUUUGACAGCAAACCCCGAAUAAUCAGCAAAGGGACCAAGGACUCUCCGGCAGUAUGCUCCAACUUAGCUGCAAAACAUAGCUUUUAUGAUAAUAAGUGUCUGGUUCAUAUUGUUCGCUCCACCUCUCUGAAAUACUCUAAGAUUCGCCAGUUCCAGGAGCACUUUCAGUUUGAUGUGUGCCGGCAUGAAGUGCGUUACGGCUGCUUGCGUGAAGACAGCUGUCACUUUGCUCAUAGUUUCAUCGAGCUUAAAGUUUGGUUGCUACAGCAGUACUCUGGAAUGACCCAUGAAGAUAUUGUAGAGGAAUCCAAAAAGUAUUGGCAGCAAAUGGAAGCACAUGCUAGCAAGUCUAACAACAAUAUGCCUUCUAGUAGGACUCCCACAUCAAACACUUUUGACCUCCAAAUGAAAUUUGUCUGCGGUCAGUGCUGGAGGAAUGGGCAGGUGGUGGAACCAGACAAAGACCUCAAAUACUGUAGCGCUAAAGCACGCCACUGUUGGACCAAGGAGCGCCGUGUCCUACUAGUGAUGUCCAAAGCAAAGAAGAAGUGGGUAUCUGUCCGAUCAUUGCCUUCCAUUCGCAACUUCCCUCAGCAAUAUGAUCUAUGUAUUCAUGCCCAAAAUGGCAGGAAGUGCCAAUAUGUUGGAAAUUGCUCCUUUGCCCACAGCCCCGAAGAGAGAGAGAUGUGGACCUUCAUGAAAGAAAAUAAGAUUUUGGAUAUGCAGCAGACUUAUGACUUGUGGCUGAAAAAACAUAAUCCUGGGAAACCUGGUGAGGGGACACCUCUAACAUCACGGGAAGGGGAGAAGCAGAUCCAGAUGCCAACUGAUUAUGCUGAUAUGAUGGGUUACCAUUGCUGGCUUUGUGGAAAGAACAGCAAUAGCAAGAAGCAAUGGCAGCAGCACAUCCAGUCAGAGAAACAUAAAGAAAAAGUGUUCACAUCUGAUAAUGACUCCAGCUGCUGGAACUACCGUUUCCCAAUGGGGGAAUUCCGGCUGUGUGAAAGAUUCCAGAAGACAAAAUCUUGCCCUGAAGGGGAGAAAUGUCAUUUUGCUCAUGGCCAGGAUGAAUUGACAGAGUGGCUGGAUCGGAGAGAAGUAAUGAAGCAAAAACUAGCCAAAGCCCGCAAGGAUAUGCUGCUAUACCCCAGAGAUGAUGACUUUGGCAAAUACAGUUUCUUACUACGGGAUAGCAUAUAAUUACUGGGGGUAGUAGGGGACACAUACAAAUUUUCAUAACUGGAGAUGGGAGUAGGAGGAACUGCACAGUAACACAGAGACUGAUCAUUGUUCCACAAACCUGUCUUUGACUGUAAGAUAAUCAGGAUGAUUUGCUUAUGUUAACUGGAAUUGAAUCAUCUGUAGCCAGUGAACAUGAUGUUUCUAGAGCUUUGUUUUGGUUUUUUUCCCCCUUUCUAAAAAUACUAUGUUUAAAUCUACCAUCGCCAGCUUCUUUUUCUCCUUAAAGAAGAUACUGUUUGCAAUGUUUGGUACAUAAGAGAGAGGGUACAUUUUAUUUUGAUUCCAUAAUUCAUGAAUUCUUAACUGAGCUCUUUAGUUUUGUUGGGAUAUUGCGGUGUCAUGGAAACAGACAAAAACAGUGCAGAAAUGAUAAGCACAUAGGGAUUUGUUCAGUAUAGGUCUCAGUAUAGGUGUUUUGUAUAGGUGCCAGUGCAGUGCUGUGUACUUCUGCAGACACCCAAGCCUCACUGUGCAGAUGGUCUCUAAAAACAGUAAUAGAAAAAAGAAUUUAAAACACAAAUAAGAAGCUACCCCUCAACACUUAAAUCUGGUUUUAUAGUUUUCAUGACUCCAGUAAUUGCUGCAGCUAAUAGUCCAAGAAGUUUCUUUCUUUGUUUAUUUUAAUCUAGGUAACAUCAUAUGCCCUUCUUUGAUCUCACCGAAUUCCUAUCAGAUGAGGGAAGGCAGUGGAUUCUUAAUUCUGCUAUAUGCAUCUUAAAUAACCUAUCAAUAUGUUGUCUUUGGACUUUGCAUUAGACUUUUUUCAUGUUACGUUAUUCCAAAUGCAAACUGAGAAUAGAUGAUAAAACUGGGGCUGAUAUUCACCUAUGUUAACCUUAAUCCUGAAGAUGCUUCCCCCACGAUGAUGUAGCAAUUGUACAAGUCAACUUUGGCUCUCCUUAACAACCCUUAAACCCAGUUACUUUUUGCCAUUAUGUUCUCAAGCUUGACAUGCACUUAGGGCAAUUUUAGUAUUUGGAGUUAUGUGGAGAGACUAUUCAGUUCUUAGGGAAAAGGUGCCAGUUCCAAUUUAGAAGUUCCAUCUUAUUAAAUAUAGAUUUUCAUCUGCAAAGGCCCAAAACCACUGAAAGUGGCAACAGACAGAAAUAAUUUCAAGGGAUGUUAAAAAAUCAUCCAAUAGUUCAGGUUAAGAAAUUGCCAUUUAGGAAACAGCAUUUUAUAAAUCUGAUAUAUUAGUUUGAGUUAGAUUUGAAAUCUUCCUGUGUCAUUUAAUAAUUUGACACCAGCUAGGGAACAAAAAGUUAAAAUGUUUUGAAAAGUGAAAUUACUUUUAAAAAUCAUCUGCUUCAACUAUGAUUGGAACGGAGAACAAAAUCUCCCUUGAAUCUAAAUAUAUAUUGUCUAAAACAAGUAGAAUAUAAUAUCUAAAAAUAACUCAGGCUCAAGAACAUAUGAAAACAGCUUUCCAUUCCCACAUUCAAAUGGAGAAUGUAGGAAACAGUAACAUCUUUUAUAUGUUAAUCAACAUAUACAUAUAAUAUAACUCUGAAGUGAACUUCCAGAGGCUAUAAUCCAAAACAUUUUUACUCAUUUUGCUUUCUGGGUAAACAUGUUAAGGAUUGGACUGCAAAGUCUGAACAAAAUUGAGAUUAUUCUGUGAAAUAAUAGUUGUAAAGGAAAAAUGUGCUCUGAUGUUCUGACACUUGGUGUGAUGUGAGGGUAGUGUGGGUAAGGGAACACAUGAUCCAUAUGGACCUAGUUCCCAUGUAAACAAUAACACGGAGUAUGAGUUGUUACUGAAUCAUGGGUUGUCAUUAUCUAUGAACCCCACUCUGUAGUUGACCACAAACUAUCCAGAGUUCCCCACCCAGCAACACACUGUGGGUUCUUACCCUGGCUUGGUAUGAUUAACAACUAUGAGUUAAACUGUGGUGCAAAGGUUUGCAUGUAACAAUAACCCAUGUUCAACAUCUGUGAUCGUCAAACUUUGUGCAAUUUUCCUUAGAGUUUAGGAGGAAAUGCACCAGGAUGUUUAGCACAAAUGGAUAUACAGUGUUGCAAUCUUUAUCUUUUGCAAGGUUGCAGAUGGCACUGUGUGAGAUGAAUGGAAAAGUUUCAUUCUGAGAUUCCACUAUCCAAGAUGGAUAGUGAAGUCUUGGUUAUACCAUACAUUUUCCUAUCUUAUCCAGCAUUUCAUUAAAUUAUAUGUCCCUCUGGUAUGAAAUAACAUGGAACUGAUCUGAAAGGCCGUAUCUUCUCAUAUGAAGAGGCACAAAGGGAAAUAUGGCUAGGAGGGGAAUGUAAUGUUGGUAGCUUAGAAUUCUGAGAGCUCCUUUUUCUGCUUCAUCCUGUUCCUCUUAACUGAUCAGAUGCCCCAUUGGUUGGCUCAUUUUCAUCAGGUGUCUGGCCAUUGCACUUAUUAACCAGUUGUUACCUAUCAUGAACAAUCAGCUUAAAGAGAUCUGCUGUAUACAAACAGUAGCCUUAGGGUUAUUUUUGUGAUACAGCAGCCACCUCUUUGAAGAGCCGUGGUAGGUGCUUUUCACCAUUUUCUGAAGGUAUAUCAGAAUAUUUUUGUGUGCUGAGUGCCUGUGAACAGUAACCAGGUACCCAGAGCACUAACAUUGAGUGGAAUCCAUGUUUACUGUGCUUGAAAGCUGUGUUUGGAAUAAGCACUCACUAUAUAGUCCCCCUAUUGAUAUGACUGUUCUGAACUUUGAAAUGAGAGCCUUCAGAUCAUGUUAGAGACUUUUCAUUGUCCUUGUUGAUGUUGUUGUUGUUGUUUUAAUUAAAGGGAGCCGAUAUUUGUCUCCUGUCUUACCAGUUAAAUAGUCUUAGUUAAUGUGACACUGGGAUGAACAACGCCACAGCACUCCAGCUGCAAGUAAAAUCAAAUCACCCCUUCUUCCCAUGCACAGACAUCCUAAGUAGUUGCCUGCUUGACCAUUAUGGUCUCAGCCCAUUGGUCCUAAGGGUGAAUGACCAGCAUUUGGGUUGUGAUGUUAAGUAUUUCUAACAGGUAGAAAACGUUAUAAGAAAUGAAUGCCUAACAUUCUUAAACUAUUUAGAUAUGUAACUAUAAGUGUAUGCUCUGCCAUGACUUAUGAUAUGUGAAUUUACUUAGAUAAUGAGGCAGGAUAGUAUUUGCUUUCCUCUUUAAUUCAAAAAUAAACUGCUUUGCAGCCUCUUUUACCUGCACAAGAUUAUUUUGAUGAGGAAGAAAGGGGCUUGUGGUUUAUGGAAGCAGAACAGGGAGGUAUAGAGUACAUAUUCCUGGAUAUUGCAGUGAAAAUCAACUUUUGUUUUUUCCGGAUAUGAUAACUUGAUACGUGGUGUUGCAGUAUUUUGUCACCAGACUUGUUCUAGUGUGUAUAUAUGUAACCCUUCCAUAAACAUAUAUACACAGGUAUUAAAUAUAUCACUCUAUAUAAUAUUAUAUAUGUAUGUGGUAUCAAAGGAAACAUUUUAUUGAGGGUUAAGGAAAAGGACUCUUGCUGGGGAAUAGAGCAUCUCUCCUUGAAAUAAAGCUAUAGCUGGGAGGGGAGGAGUAUUUCUAUUGAAUGGGUUUUUUUUUAAAUCUCUGUGUUGUGGCAGGAGUGUUAGCCUAAAAAGUGCUGAAUUUGCCCUUUUGUAAAGGUCUUUAAAUCCAAAUCUAUACAGGUAAAUUAUCACAAGUGAAAGAAAACUUUGUGUUUGCUUUAUUGAGAAAACAGACAUUGUCAAGCACAGGAGGAUCAACUUUGUCUUCCUGCUUCUUUUUGCUUUUCAUUUUAUAGAGUAUAUGGGGUAUAUAUAAUAUCCCACUAUAUCUAUAGCUCUAACUACUUUGCAAUAAUUAAGGAGUAAGCCCAAUACUCCAGGAGAACUAAGUGGGAAAAAAGCAUUUGGUUAACUAGAAUAAACAAGCUAGUAAGGGAAAGUUAUUCAUAAAGCAGACAUAUUUGAUAAUGGCAAUUAAAUUAGGUAAUUUGGAUGUAUGUAUUUAUAAAUAUAAACUGUGCUCUGAAAAUUUUGACAAUGUCCUUUAUUUAAGAGAAAAGAAUGGUUUUAAUCACUGUAUAAGAUUAAAAAAAAGCAGAUAGGACUCCUCUCCCAAACCCUCUGAGCCUAGGGAAGGAUAUAUUUGAAUGAGAUGCUGGUCAGCUAGGCCUUCAGGGAAGGCAGUCCCUAAGAAAUGUAGUUACAGAGGAAAGGGAAGGAGAAUUCCACUGAAGGGGAAUGCUCUGUUUCUAAGCCUGGACUUUUAAUAAGUUGGAGAGUCCUUCAAAAUGUCUUUGUAUUAAUAUAUUUUAAGAAUACCACGCUUUACUAUUACAAAGAUAUAAUACCUUUCACAAGGUCUAGUAACCAAGAUAAUAAUGUAGAUGUUCUAACAACAUUAUUGUUCUUAACCAGACAGAUUUGCUUCUUUUAGCCUUUGUAAUAGAAAAUAAAAGUGUGCACUUUAAACCCUCUA